AUGUUCUCCCCUCACUCCAUGAAUAACGUAUUUCCCAUCAGAGUUAUCGUUCUUGGUUUUCUCCUUAGCACCCAUAUCCACGCUGAUUGUGUCGUGCAGAGUGGAUUAAUUGAUUUUUUUUUUCUAAUCUACGAUUUUUUUUUAAAAAGAAGGUUGAAACUGAAGACAACCUGCUCAAUCAGUUUUUUUAUUGGCUUCUUAAAGGCCAUUGCUUAUGUUUAUGAUGUGGUUGCCUUUGUCCCGUAUUAUAUGAUAUGCAAGCCUUAUGAAAAAGUUAGGCUUUCUAAAAGAAUCAAGGCAAAACCAAUUGGUAAUGAUGCCAAUUCUCCAUAUAGAUCAGUUGAGUGUUCUGGCGGUGAGCUGAGCACGGCUCUUUUUGGCGAUGAAUGUGUCACGGUGGAUGACCUAUUUGUUCGAGCUGUGAGACUUUAUGGGCCAAGACCAUGUUUGGGAACACGCGAGAUUCUUCAAGUAGAAGACGAGCAGCAGCAGAAUGGCCGUGUUUUCCAGAAGGUAGGUAGAUAUAAAGUCUCCUCGUUUUAA